GCUGUCUGCUACUGUCACUUAACUAUUGAUGAAGUUACGACAUAUUUCUCCACCAUUACAUAUUUCCUCUCCUUUAGCCGCUUCUUCGUGUAUGAGUUAAGAGUGGACAAUGGCGCACAGCAUCAGAUUUAGGAAGAAAUUGAUGCCGAGGAGCUUUGCAGACUUCUGUGCCGUUGUGUUUAUGUGCUUUGCAAUUCCGGCCAUUUACGUAUUUGAGGUUUUCAUUGUUGCUCCAACAAUAUAUAAUGCAACUCUCAGUGUUCUCCAUGGCAUUGCUGGAACUUUUAUUGUUGCCAAUAUUAUUGGUAAUUUCAUUGCAAUUAUGCUUGUGGAUACUUCAACACAAGGAUUAUUACUGCCAUCACAGGUUCCAUCUGGUUGGCAUGUGUGUGCGGCAUGUGAAAGCACAGCCCCAGCUCGAUCACGUCACUGCAACACCUGCAAUGUGUGUGUCUUGAAGAAGGAGCACCAUUGUGUCUUCACGGGCUGUUGCGUGGGCCUCAAAAACCAUAGAUAUUUUUACAUUUUCUUAUUUUACAUGUGGGGAUCAACUUUAUAUUGUUCAUUCCUAAAUGCCUUCUUCAUUUGGCCACAUGUUGGAGGUUUCAGCAUGUGGGCAGUUGUGCGUCUUCUCCUGCCUGGAGUGUGGAUCUUAUGGGAACCUUCCUUGGACACCCUUUAUGCCUUCUUGUUCUCGAUAAAUGUUAUUGGCUUCUUAUUCAUGACUGUUUUGAUCUUCUACUAUACGGGACUCCUUGUUACAAACACAACAACCUAUGAGAAUAAUAACCGCAAGGGACAGAAAUACGAUCAUGGGACAGAACAUAACAUAAAGGUUACGCUUGGAGAACGUUGGUAUCUCACAUGGAUCUUCCCAACCAUGUCGUCCCCACUGACGUAUGAUGGUCUGGAUUGGUCCAACCAGAUCUCAAGCAGGAGUGUUAGACCUAAGACUAGGUAAACAACCUUUUAUUACUCUCAGUCCCACACUAGACUAUUGUCUACUAUGGAUGUCUUUAAGUACAAAAAAAUAUUAUGUAUGAUUCACCUAUGUGGAAAAAAUAACUAUGAUGUAAUUGUCUUUCACAAACAACCCCAAAAAUGUAGCAUUAAUUAUUGUAAGCACAAAAAAGGCAAAAUACUGCAAUUUGGCCUGGUAAAACAUAAAGGUAUAUUCUUCCACUGUUGUGGAUUUUGAAAUCUUGUGAUGCCCUGAAGACUGCAUGAAAUGGAUUUUUAUAAUGUUGUUACUUCUUUUUCAAGCUAAAUACUCUGUAACAUCUAAUUGCUAUGGACAAUCACAGGAAGGUAUAUAGAAGAGAGUAAAAGUCACAUUCUCUAGCACAAAACUUAGCCAGAUUAUUUUAUCACAUUGCACAUGCUCUGUUUCUGCACAAAUGCAUUUCUUUGUCCAGGAAUAUUUAGAAAGAUCACUUUGUGUUGGAAAUAUACAAAUUGAACCUGGAUAAUUUCUUCUAUUGAUAUCAGUUAGUCUCUAGUCAGGAAAAAAUAAGGUAAUUCCUUCCUUGUCCAAUUUGCCAGUGUCAUAUUCCAAUUUUCAGGUGGUACCCUAAGCAUCAUUUUAAGAUGAACUGAAGGUGGUUAUCAUUUUUCAGUGAAUUUAAAUAUGAUCAAAACAUAUCUUCAUGGAAAGACAGCUUUUAUGGAAAAAAAUGAAAAAAAUGUUCAUAUGAAUACUUGAUUACAUAAUAUCUCAGUCCAUGAAUGAAGUUACUUAGGUAGAUUAGGUGUAGAUCAAGUAAAACCUAGUCAGUAAUUUUAAGCAAUACCUUUGAUAAACAAGAGUUUUCAUCCAGGAAUACUGCCUGCAGAUAAUAAUGUUGAUUUUUCCUUACAUCUUGAUGCUAAUUUCAUUAGCUUGUAAUUAGGAUUGAUAUGCUGUAGGCUAACUUGAUAUUGUCAUAAAGUUAGUGAAGUCCAAUAUAUUUUGAUUCAAUGUUUUAGUUAUUUGUUUUGCGCAUUUUAACAUUUUCAGUAAUAUUUAAAUCCUGGCUGAAAGUUGUAAUGAAGGAGAAUAUUGUAAUUUAUGAAUGAAGGGCAGGGUAUUGAAGUCUAAAUCCAAUAUCUAUGCAUGCUUAUGCACAUGGUAGACAGAUGAGCAGACAGUCAUUUACAUACUCAGGUAGACAUGCAGAUAGACCAAUUUUUAGACAUCCACAGAUCCCUUUAUGUACGUAGACACAUGCAUGUAUGUAGACACACAAAUGAGCUUGCAGAUGUCCAACCAUUAACCAUCUUUCUGCAUACGUGCAUGUACAGAUGCACAUUCACACUCACACUCACACAUUUACAUGCCUGCACCCAUGCCCAUGCCAGCACUCACACCUAUGCCUGCACAAUCCUCCACACCCAUGCCCAGCCCCCUGUCCACUUCCAUGUCUCUUUCCACAUCCACACCAACAAUCACAUCCACAUUCAUACUCACACACACACAUGCACAUAUACAUACACAUAUACACGUACACACAUCCAUCCACAUUCACACAUCCACUUUCACACAACCACAUUCACACAUCCACAUUCACAUCCAUACAUGCACAGCCACACAUCUACAUCUACAUUCAUACACACACACACACACACACUGUGAAAAGUAAGCAUAUUAACUCAAUUUUCAGAGCCAAAUGAGAACAUUGUUUUUGAAGUCCAUCCGUGUUAGCUAAGUCAGCCACUGUCUUGAAUCUGAACUGUGCUCAAGGCACCCUGGGACCAUAUUCUUGAAUUGCAGGUGGCUGCCAUUUUUACUCACAUAUGAACUGCCUUUUCUCUCUCCCCUGUAAUCCCCCCUCCCCACCAAAACAUAAAAAGUAGGGUUAAAGAAGUAUCAAUGCAGAAAAUAUAUGAGAUUUCUUGUGAGCAAUCUCAACCACUACAGUGUAUCAUCAGAGAUACUCAGGACUGUAGUCAGUAUGUCAGUGUCAUAGUUCAUCAAAAAAUUAUAAGACUGUAACAGAAAUCUUGAGCUACUUUAAUUUACUUUUUUUCAAAUAUAAAUUCAAUCCAACAGUCUUUUCAAAAGUCUGGAAACUAACUUUUUUAUGCCAGAACCCAUGACACUGACAAUAGUGGUUUCUUGUAUCCAAACUGUUUAGUGGCAUGUAAUAAAACCUUUUUUUUUAUUUAUGCAACCAUAAUUGUAUAUUUAUAUUUUUUGGGACAGAAAUCUGAUAUGUAUGCUAACUUAAAAAAAGAAUAUUUGUAAUAAAAAAAGUGUAAGGAAUAUUGUAUUCCCUGUUAUGACAAAACAUAAUGAAAAAGUUUAUCAUUGUUUUAGGUAAGAAAAUCACAUUUUGUUCGGAGGAUUUCCAUAAAUGUAGGGAGAGUUAAAGAUAGUAAGGUCACAUUUAAGUAACGUAUUUGAAAUUAAAAUUAAGUCAUACAAGUUCUUACAAUCAUUGUUCUGCAAACUUGCAAAUUAUGGUUUUCAAUUUUGUACUUAACUUUAAGAUAUACCUAAUUGUAUGGUAUGCAUUUACUAUGUUGUGUUGCAUGCUCAGAAUAUCUUUAUUUAGUAGAGUUGAAUAUGUUAGAGAGAUAUGAAAUUUGCCUUUUAGAUUUCUUUUUACUUCCUGGAUGUGUUGUAGAGAAUGAAUGUAUAUGUGGUUAUUUACUAUUGCAGUCAAGCCUAGGUUAGCAAACCAGGCUCCUUUGCAUUAAAACAUGCAAAAAAUGUGUAGCCUUACAAAGGAAGGCAGCUUAUAUAUGAGUAAAUGUUGAGUAUCCAUCUUGCUGUAAAUGCUAGUCAUUUUUCAAAUACUGCUCUUCCAUGGCUAUGAACAGGAAAUAUGUCAAUAUUGACAGAAAUACCAUGAUUCUUAGGUAGAGAAACUUAAUGAGAAGACCUAAGAGCCUAUAGACUGAUCUCAUUAGUUAAGUCAAGAGAUAGUAUAUAGUUUUCUUUUUUCUUUAAUAUAUUGAGUACCAAGAUGUAAUUUGGUAGCUAUGAUCAGUGACAUGACUUCCAAUAUUGUCAUUAUCAUUAUUGUUGUUACUAAUAUUUAUAUAUUGCAGUAAAUGUCAACAUUCCUUAUAAGAACAUUUCUUGAAAAGAUUGAAUAGUUCACAAUUUUAAUAAUAUAACAUUGAUUACCAAAAGUAUCAUGUUGUCUAUGCUAAUAAUUUAAAAUAUAUCAAGUUCCACAGUAUGAGUAAGAGUAUCCUUGUGGUAAACUUGAUGUUUUUUGUUAAUACAUUUAUGCAUAUAAGCCUUAAUAACUUCUUAGGCUAAAAUAUGUAUACACACUGUAAUUAUUACAUACAUCAUGCAGCUUCAAAAUAUAUACUUACCUUUGUUUAUUUAUUCAUCAAUAUAUUAUUAGCUGAUUUUGACUUAAUUCAGGGCCAUUUAAUUAAAAGAUGGCAUUAGUUUUGCUUAAGCAUGUCAUGUUUUUUUCUUAUCAAACCCAUUUUUUUUUC